AUGGAGAAGGUGCACUUUCAACAGAAAGGAACAUCUCAGCGAAGUAGAACGUCAUCGCAUGCCAGUAGUCAUCCGAGUCGUACAAAGAGAAAGCGCGUGAAUCGCCGUAUGCGUAUAUGGUGGCGGCAAGUGUUGCGUUCGCUUGAGCUGUCCGGAAAAUAUUUUCCAGAAGAUAGUUCGGAUGUUAGUGGGGAAGGGCAAGAAAGUCAAGAUGGCAAUUACGAAAUGGAACAACUCAUCAAUAUGGUCCAAAUUCCACUGUAUUUGGAGAAAUACAUGACAUACACGUUGUUGGUCCUUCUUGACGGGUUUCUUUAUUAUUUCAGUGUCUUGCCGAUCAAGAUCAUCAUUGGUUAUAUCAAUAUUUACAGAUCUCGAGAUAUGAGCUACACCUGGCUGGCAAGAACUCUAAGGGAGAGGUUGACACUUUUCCUCAUCCUCAUAUCCUCAAUUAUCUUGAGCAAGCUGGAUACUUCGAAAGUUUAUCAUCGAAUUAAGAGACAAAACUCGAUGAAGCUGUACAUGCUGUUUAGCGUAUUGGAAAUUGGCGACACGAUGCUCUCAUCUAUGGGUCAAUCCUUACUCCGCGUUUUAUUGUUUUCGAAGAAGUACUGUUGGAGAGACAGUAGGUUUAAGCAACUUAUUUUGUUGGCACUGACUACUCUAUACCUCGUGUCGCACGGGUAUGUUCUUAUCUACCAAGCAAUAUCUUUGAACGUUGCCGUGAAUUCGUACAACAACGCGUUGACCGCUCUCCUACUAUCGAUGCAAUUUGCAGAGAUCAAAGCCUCGUUGUUUAAGAAAUUUGACAAGGAAGGGUUAUUCCAAUUAACGAUCAGUGAUAUGGUUCAAAGAUUCAAAGUUGUACUGCUUUUGCUUAUUAUAGCGCUACGAAAUUCCAGUAUGGCGAUGAUGAGUUCCGAUCUCUCCUUCAUAAGCAUAUGGAACAGGAUUUCCACUUUGCAGGGCAAUACUUUGUCUCUAUGUCUGUGGAACCCAAUGGUUAGCGUCCUCGGUAGUGCUGUUUUGGUGGACUGGAUCAAACACGCUUAUAUAACAAAAUUCAACCGGAUCAAGCCUCAGAUUUACGAUAAAUUUUUCUACAUCACAUACAAGGACCACACCACAAGCAUACUUCAGUACCAGGAGAGACUGGGCUUGCCGCUGCCGUCGUUCGUUGUUCUGUUCCUCGUAAUAGUGACCCCGGCACUGUAUCGCGUUAUCAAGUGCAAGUUUGUCAAUGACAACACCUACCAAGUUGUCUCCCUAAUUCAAACAAUGGCGUGCAUCAUGACCAUAGCAUGCUCCGUUCUGUUACUGCGCGUUGCAGUCCACCAAAUACUGGUUUACUGCUCUGGUCACGCCAGCAGGAACCCAGUAUCGCUGCAAGUGACCGAGCGGGAUUACGUCCCCGGGUUAGUCUCGGAGGGCAGCGGCACCAUGGACCAGAGCACAAGAGAGAUCAUAUACGGAACGGCAGAGCCACCCCCCACUACGAGCGAGGCAAGGGCCAAGCAUGACAGGGACAGCAGCACGGCCCUCGAACAGGUCGCCCGGUACAAGAUGGUGUCGAAGCGGAUCUGGUAA